AUGUCUUUUUUUUUAUUUAAGUAUUUCCUCUUGUCGGGACAAUUAACUUAUGUAUACUCUUCCAGCCAGCUCUAUUUCAAGCCAUAUUUUUUUACUUCCUUGUACGACAUGACGCCCAGUGUUUCCUUUAUCUGUCCAAUGUAAUUAUUUCUCGGUAUUCCCCUUUCUCUUUUGUCUUGUAUUUUUACUUCUAGUAUGCUCUUUAAAAUAUCGUCAUGUCGUAUAAGGUGGCCCCGCAUUCUGCCUCUCCUAUUCUCUGUUAUAUGUCUAUUAAUAAUAUUAGCAAAUGAAACUGUUUAUGUGUGUAUAUGCUUGGAUGUUUGUUACACAAUCACGUUUACUACGAAUUUUUGAGAUAACUGCGAUAGUUUCGCGAUAACUUGGAAGAUUUUUAAAUGGGAGAAAAUGGAUAGUAACUUUUUCAUCUAUCAUCCCUCACUGGUGCUCCGCCCGCGUGUACCAAUAAUGCAGGCGGGAUUACCAUAAAAAAAUUUAUGUAUUAAAAAAGAACCAAACCCAAUAACUAAUUCCAAUCCUUACCCAGCCCAAGUCCUCUCGACGCCCUGCUCUACGGUCAUAUCAGAGCACUCCUCUCCGCCUCCGGACCCAAAGUCGGUCUCAUGAUUAAGCCAAUCACCAGCGCUCUAUUACGUCAUGUGCUUCGAAUGAAAAAUUUGACCAACAUGAAAUUGACGGUUUGUUACAUAGAUAGAUACAGAUUUAAAAUACGAGAAUGUACAAAAUCCAAACGGCAACCAGGUAUGCGACUGUAACAAGUAGAUACAUUUUUCUUUGUAACAAAAUUUAAUCCCCUUUAUCUAUAAAAAUUACUUAUAACCUACCUCUCAUACCGAUAUAGUUUAUUUUUCAUCCUCGCCAGUAAACACAUCUCGGACAUACAGACGAAGUCACAGAUAAUAAUAGCUUAUAAUUAAAAAAACAAUUAAAUAUUAGACAAAAAAUAUUAUAAAAUACAACUCCUACCACAUUUCUAGCCUCAAGAAGAAUACCUAAUAAACCAAGCGUUCCAACUGUCCCGUCGUAUGUUAUCACCUGAUAGGACAAUAUCAGAGAGGAGCACUCGAACGAAGCGUUCCAAGCUGUGCCUGAGGAACCCCAGUAGGGAUAGCGUUAACAAGGAUCUAUUUGGAUUCAAGCCGUUCGCCUCGAAACAAAUUAUAAUUAUGAUCUCAAAAGAGGGCGCUAUUACAUGCGAGUACGAUCAUCCAAACAAAAAUUAUUAUUUGCAUGAUCGAUUUAACUUCAUAAUUGAUAUCGUCGAUCAUAUAAUCGAUCAAGUCCACGAGUCGACUGUAGAACAAUUGUACGAGAAAGAUAAGCACGGCUUCGUGAUCGUAACGUAUCCGAAUAACGAUGAAUCGAUUGACAUCGAUAAGAAAGUUAGCGAUUAUUUGGAUACGAUUGAGGAGAAUGAUACGACAAUGUCUAUGGAAUCGGGACAUGAUGUGUUGAAUAUUAUAAACGAGGGAGAUAGCGAUGGAUUGAUAAAUGAUAAAAUGUUGGUUUCUGCGAUGGAGAUUGUGCAAAAGAGCUGCGACGGUUCGGACUUAACCGAUUCUAGUAAUAACAAAGCAUACGUGGAAGAAAACGUGACGAUGUGCAGUAGCGGUGACCGGAUCUGACCGAUGUGUUUGAAACAUCUCGUACGCCACUAUCAACAGGGUCUAAUACUACGUUGAAAAUCCCCAGUAACGAAGAGAUAAGUGUAGAAAGUUUGUUGAAAUAUCUACGCAAGAGGAACGCGGCGUAUAAUAUAGGAAUGGCCGAUUUGGAUUAACGAUUGAAUAUAAAAUUACAAUUAUAUAUUUAUAUAUAAUUAAAUAUAUAUAUUAUAUAUUUAUAUAUUGGAAAUAGAAAAGAAAAGAAAAAAAAAACUAUAAAUUCUCGUUAUAAGCAAAGCGUUAUUAAUGGUUUUUCUCGAAGUAACUUUAUUUUACGCUGUACUAAGUAGCUGCGUAAAAAUAACAAAUUUUAUACAUAUCUACGCAGUUUACAUAAAAUAUGAAGUUUUUACGCGAGAUCUUUUUUACGCGAAUAGGUAAUAUUACAAUUUUUGGUACUAAAUUUUUCGUUAUAAAUCGGAAAAAUAUGUUUUAUCCAGACUUUCCGCUAUUUAUAGAGAAUGAGAUUACCUGGAAUUUUUUAUUUUAAUUUGCUUUUCGGAGCCGAAUAUUUCGUGUUACGGAUUUGUUUUAAUUGUCAUUAUUUAAGAUAUAUAUUCUAUUUAAUUUUAACUGUUUACUAUUUG